GGUCACCACCUGGAGGAAAGCCCUCAAUCGUCUGCUCGGAAAAAUUGUCCGGAUGAUAACGUAAAAUCUCGUAAUGAUUGUUUAAAGUUGCUGACAUGGAACGUCUUGCCCUGAAAAUUGGCAAACUGAAGGAAAUUAUCUCGGUUGGACUGGAGGAAGUUGGUGAUAAUCAACUGUCGGACAUAUUGCAGCAGAUAAAUCUGGUUUUCGACCAGAUCAGGGAAUGUACAUUUUGUGACAAUUUUAUCAGCAAUACCUUAGAGUUCAUAGAUGUCAUAAAUAAUGUUGCUGAGCUGUCGCUGUCAGUCAAAUCUGAAGUCAUAUCCAAAAGCCUUGUAUCAAUUUUGGAACUUAUUACCAGAGAAGAUGUCUCAUUUGGAUUUAAAGUUGAGGUUCUCAAAUCAGCUAAUGUGUUACUGGAAAACUGCCCAAAUAAAACAAAGGAAAAUUUGUUGGCACAAACAGCCUUUGAGAAGCUAAUUUCCCUAUUUACCAAAUGGAAGCUUCCUAAUCUGGUUGAGGUCAUGUGGCAGCAGUCACAGUUGUGGAGUUCCAAUGAAAGUGCCCUUUGGGUAGCCGACUGCAAUAGGUUUGCCUAG